AUGAGCAAGCGAAUGACGCUAAGCGAGGCAGUUGCGAGCGGUGACGCGACCGUCGUGCAGAAUCUGCUGCAGGACGGCGCCGACGCCGACGCCCGAGAGGAGAUGGAGUAUCCGAUGCUGGCCGUGGCGGCGUUGCGUGGCCACACGCUGGUUGUCGCGGCGCUUCUCGAGGCGCGCGCGAAUGUUCACGCCAUGACACCGGGCGGCGCGACUGCACUCCUUCUGGCGGCUGGCACUGGUCACGCGGACGUUGUCACCCAACUUUUGACGGCAGGCGCAGACAUCAACCAUUGCCAACCGUCGGGAGCCACCGCGCUUAUGAGCGCGGCCAACGCCGGCGAUGUAGCUGUCUUGCAACAGCUGCUCCAAGCCGAAGCCAACAUCGAGCUCCUUCCUUGGAAUGCCAUGACACCGAUCAUGGCAGCUGCCCGAGCCGGCAGUGAGGCGGCUGUGAGCCUCUUGCUAGCCACCAAGAACAAUGUUGCCGCACUCGACAAGACGACCAAGCUCGGGUCGGGCGGCCAAGCCGUCGUGCACCGCGGGACCUUCCAAGGUCGGGAUGUCGCCAUCAAGACCGCCAUCAAAGAGGCCACGCACAGCGCAGAUACGAUACGUGCAGAAGCCAACGCGAUGGCCAAGUAG